AUGCUUGCUAGACAGUUUGCAUUAGAGUAUCCCCACACAACCAUCUUUGCCACGGCGCCGGCAGCCUUUUCGGCCUCGAUUCUUGCCCUAUCCGUCCGCCAGCAGGUCAGCGCAGUUGCGGACGACCAACUCCUCUUUCUGAGCGACUGGAAGCUAGCAACAACCUCCCUCGCCGAAGCGCUUGACUCGGUCAUCCCCUCCCUACAGGGCCGCCCACGCGAGCUCGCCAGCGCACUCGCAGCCAAAUUCAUCGCCCUAGCCCGCCGCGAUGUACCGCAGCAAGGCCCCCCUAGGCCCUCUACCGCUCCCCAAGCCCACGGCACCCACUGCCCCCCCAGCGAGCUCCUCAGAUCCCGCGGGCCCAGUCCUGGGCCUCGAUAG